AAGACUCACGGAGAUGUUUCCUUUCUCGUCCUCAGCUUCGGCCCCCCUUGCUCGCUCACUUCGGCUUCCGUCGCCGUCGCCGCUGCCUCGUCGAACCCCACCCUCCCACCUCUACCGUCUCGGCCUCCCCAAUUUCCGCCGCCGCCGCCUCCUCCUCCGUUCCGUCUCCACCGCCGUCAGAGCCAUGGCCUCCGAAGGCGGCGAGGACCCCCGCUUGCCGCGGAUCGCGUCCACCAUACGCGUCAUCCCCGACUUCCCCAAGCCCGGUAUCAUGUUCCAGGAUAUCACGACCCUGCUGCUCGAUCACGAGGCGUUUAGGCACACGAUCGAUAUGUUCGUCGAGAGGUACAGAGACAAAAGGAUCACGGUUGUCGCAGGAAUUGAAGCAAGAGGAUUCAUAUUUGGCCCUCCCAUUGCAUUAGCCAUCGGAUGUAAGUUCGUUCCUAUGAGAAAGCCAAAGAAGCUACCCGGAGAAGUUAUUUCUGAGGAGUAUUCCCUAGAAUAUGGUACAGACAUAAUGGAGAUGCAUGUAGGAGCUGUACAGCCAGGAGAUCGAGCCCUUGUCAUUGAUGAUUUAAUUGCAACAGGAGGGACAUUAGCUGCUGCUAUCAGGCUCCUUGAACGUGUUGGAGCUGAGGUGGUUGAAUGUGCUUGUGUCAUCGAAUUGCCGGAGCUUCAGGGAUAUCAGAGGUUAGGCGGUAAGCCGCUCUUUGUUCUCGUGAAAGCGGCUUGAUCGUG